AUGUGCUUCAAUUGCUUAGAAUUUAUGUACCUUUUUUUCACUCAGGUUGCAUUCAUGAGCGAACAUUUACUGAUCAAUGGCAGGAUAUCUCUUCCGGGUAAAAGUCAGUAAUUUGAUACGCGUUUUGUUCAAAAUAGAGUGACGCCUAGGGCCUUUCAGCAGACACAAGUAAGGGUAAAAGAACAUAGCAUAGUUUUGCCUGAAGAGGAAAAAGAGAAAUAAGCAGGGUACCGUGAAACAGCGUUUCAAAACUGUUCCAAAAGUGUGUUUCAAAAUACUGAUACAGGCUUCACAGUUAAGCUAUAAAUGCACCCUAACUUGUCUUAAUGAUUAUGUUUACGUAAGAUCCUUCACACUAAAUCAGAAGUCCGAUGACUACAGAAUGAUCCUUGAUUCUACCGUGGUUCUCUUACUUUAAUCGUGACCUAAACAUGCCUACAAUACAAGCAUCCUACAUCAUUGGUAAAUUGAUCAUUUGUUUUUGUUUCAGUGACAUCUUUGAUGACGCUGUGAUGAGAUCAUGGCCCCAGUAAGUCGCCAUCACAACUUGAUCACCAUUCUAGCUGUUAUCACAUGCAGCGCCACCAUCUCUCUUCUGCUCUCCAUUGAACUCUCAAACAGAAAUGUAUCUGUUACGUCGAUGACAAAGUGUGUAUGCCACGAGUCAAACUGGAGAACGGAAUUUCUUGAAGAGGCUCGUCUACGGAGAGAAGAUGAAGGCGGUCUCGUGACCGUUAAACAGGAGGAGACACCACCAUGGAUGCAUAUCAAACGAGGGGAUUUGGAAUACCCAAAGUACACUGAAAGUCUUGCCGCAAUCCAACCUCGUCGUAAGCAACACCUGAGCAACAUGUGCCACAAAGCCUUGCCAAUGAACCAUCCCCACCACAUCCACAACGAAACCCUCAAACACUUGUACGUUAACGAUAAAUACAAGUUUGUCUACUGUUCAGUUCCUAAAGCUGGUUGUACGAACUGGAAGCGAAUCUUGAUGGCCAUCGAAAACUCCUCGCUUGAUGUCACCCGUAUUUCUCGUGAUGAAGCCCACCAUAGCAACCUUAAAACCUUGAUAGAGUACCCUGAGUCUGAACGCAAGCAUAUUCUCUCGCACUACACCAAGUUUCUCUUUACCCGAGACCCCUUUGUUCGGCUCCUGUCAGCCUAUAAGGAUAAGUUCAUGGGGAUCAGGAACCUUGACUGUGAGCGUCAUAGCUACUACUUCAAGAACAUUGCUGCGGACAUCAUGUCGCGGUACCGGAAGAGUGUGUCACGCGAGACUAUCCAGGCUGGGGAAGGUGUCCGAUGGACAGAAUUCAUACGAUUUAUUAUCAAUACAGAAGAUCCCAUGCAACUGAAUGAGCACUGGCAGUCAACGAACUCACUCUGUGCGCCGUGUUCCAUCAGCUAUGACUACAUAGGAAAGCUGGAGACGGUUCAUGAGGACAGUACGCGACUAUUACGCCGAUUUCAAAUUAGGGACGAGCGUAUUUACUAUCCGAAAUCGACGGUUCCAACUCGUCGAGAUUCCGCCGAGUUCUAUGAUGCCUUUGGAACGAUCACCAUCAACGAACUCAGAGAGCUUUGGAGAAUAUAUGAAGUAGACUUUCAUCUGUUUAACUAUACGCAACCACAGUUUUUAUCGAGCAGUAUCGAACGAAAAUGAAGUAAUCUAUCGUUUCUUUAAAUUUCGUGGAUGAUUUGAGAUCAAUCUGACAGCUGACAGCAUAGUCAGGUUUUAUAUCACGCUUUCUAUAUUGGCUGAGGUGAAGGUCGAUUGGAAGGACAAUCUACGUGGACUAAAAGCAGUGACACAUUCAUCAAGAAUAAAGCAAAUCAAAACUACAUUGUUUCAGAUGUCUAUCACAUGGGGAAUGAUUAUGAAGAUACCUGUGGUAUUAUUUGGUGUGAGGUAGAAAAUUGACAAUCAGGAUUUCAUUUUCUAUCAUUAACGUUGUGUAUUUAUUGUCAAACAUUUCAACUUGCUGUUACCCAGUAUAUCAUGAUUUGUUUGAAAUAACUUUUGCAGUUUCGGAGAGUUUUUUAAAAUAAUUUCUUUAUUGAAAUUACUUACAUAGUGCAAUACGAAGGCUUAUUAUUACGCCUUAAAGAAGUAACAAUAUGCCUACUUAUUAUAAGUAUCUUUACGUCGAGUUUUUGUAUUACAGACCAGAAGGGGAACGGUAAACAUAGAGAGUAGGAGAGCGAGUAAAUGAAUAUAAUAUGAGGGCUAGAUUAUGAGUAGAGAGAGAGAGAGAGAAC